AUGGACAGAGGACCCGCUGUCAAAGCUGCCGGCUUCCUCGUCCUUACUGUCAUCAGCAUUCCUGCCAACCUGGCCGUGUGCAGCGCCUUCCUUUGCAGCUUCUUUGCCGAAGGGAAACUCACGACAGCUGACAUCAUCUUGUGCCAUUUGGCUUUGGUCAACCUCUUGGUGGCUUUUGUUCGCAGUAUCCCACAGACACUCGCAGCCUUUGGCUACCAGAACUUGUUUGACGAUUUGGGCUGUAAGCUGAGUCUUCUUUGUUUCCGUAUCCUACGUGGGCUCUCCAUCAGCCUCACUUGUUUACUAAGCACCUACCAAGCCAUACUUAUUGCACCUGCAUCUUCAAAGCUCCUUGCCCCGCUGAAACACAGAAUUCCAAAGUAUCUCCCACACAUUUUCCUGUGCCUCUAUGUCUUCUGCUCCAUUACCAGUGUCCACACCAUCCUGUAUGCAGUGUCCAAACUGGUCAACAACACCAUUCCACCGUACACCUUUAAUUUAGAUUACUGCUUUGUCAGGUACACCGAUUACUCAGCCUACCUCGGCACUGGCCUCUCCAACUUUUGGAAGGAUUUUGUCUUCAUAGUAUUGAUGACGGUCAUGAGUUUUUAUAUUGUGAUCCUACUCUACAAGCACGGCAAAAAAGUCAAAAGUAUCCGCAGCUCAGAUCGGGGUUCAGUGGGUGCCAGGGCAGAGACAAAGGCUUCUCGAGCUGUGGUCACUUUGGUCAUCCUGUAUGUCAUCUUCUUUGGGGUGGACAAUGCCAUCUGGCUCUACUCCCUAACAAUUGUCAGGGUAGCACCCCUUCUUUCAGACCUCAGGGUCUUCUUCUCUUCCCUUUACACCUCAGUUUGCCCUAUGGUGGUCAUUAUCACCAAUCCAAAGGUGAAAGCCAAAAUUAAGAUGACCAGAACAACGAAACUUAGUCAUUCAGCUCCAAACACAUCUUCUUCAGUCUAA